ACUCGCCAUUUAGACUCGCCGUUGUUGAAAGAGCAACACGAAAUGUUGCAGCCAUCACCACGCUGCAGGUAAUCAGGCAUGAGAUUUGGACUGUGCUGAGGAAGAGGAAGAUGGAGGUGAUGAAGCAGAGAGGGACUAUCAGGUCACCAGCAGGUGGGGUUCCACAUAUUUAUGACAUGAAGAUUGUGCUGCUGGGAGGCAGACUUAUGGGGAAGAGUUCAUCAGGAAACAGCAUCCUGGGCAGAGAGGAGUUUAGCACCUCAGGAAGAACAGCUGAGUGUGUGAAGAGAGAAGGAGAAACAGCAGGGAGACGCAUCACUGUAGUGGAGGCACCAGGAUGGUGGAACAACUACACUGUAGAGCAAACUCCUGAACGUGAUAAACAAGAGAUUGUCCUCAGUGUGUCUCUGUGUCCUCCAGGACCCCAUGCUCUACUCCUGAUCAUUAGAGUGAUUGACUCAUUCACAGAGACACACAGAAGAGCAGUGCAGGAACACAUGGAGCUGCUGGGUGAGAGAGUCUGGAGUCACACUAUAGUGCUGUUCACCAGAGGGGACUGUCUGGGAGACACGACUAUUGAGCAGCACAUUGAGAGUGGAGGAGAGGCUCUGCAGUGGGUUGUAGAGAAAUGUGGGAACAGGUAUCAUGUUGAAGACAAUGAGAAGAGGGAUGGUGGCCAGGUGACAGAGCUGCUGGAGAAGAUAGAGGAGAUGGUGGCAGGAAACAGGGGCUAUCUGUUUGACUUUGCCAGACAUAUUUCUGAAAAACUACAAGAGAAGAUGAAGGAAGCAGAGAGAAGAGCAGAGGAGAGGAAGAUGAAGGUGCACAAGCAGAGACAGACUCUCAGAUCAUCAGCAGGUGGAGUUCCACAUAUUUCUGACAUGAAGAUUGUGCUGCUGGGAGGCAGACUUAUGGGGAAGAGUUCAUCAGGAAACAGCAUCCUGGGCAGAGAGGAGUUUAGCACCUCAGGAAGAACAGCUGAGUGUGUGAAGAGAGAAGGAGAAACAGCAGGGAGACGCAUCACUGUAGUGGAGGCACCAGGAUGGGUGAACAACUUCACUGUAGAGGAAACUCCUGAACGUGAUAAACAAGAGAUUGUCCUCAGUGUGUCUCUGUGUCCUCCAGGACCCCAUGCUCUACUCCUGCUCAUUAAAGUGGAUUUGUCAUUCACAGAGACAUUCAGAAGAGCAGUGCAGGAACACAUGGAGCUGCUGGGUGAGAGAGUCUGGAGUCACACUAUAGUGCUGUUCACAUGGGGGGACUGGCUGGGAGACACGACCAUUGAGCAGCACAUUGAGAGUGGAGGAGAGGCUCUGCAGUGGGUUGUAGAGAAAUGUGGGAAGAAGUAUCAUGUUGUAGACAAUAAGAAGAGGGAUGGUGGCCAGGUGACAGAGCUGCUGGAGAAGAUAGAGGAGAUGGUGGCAGGAAACAGGGGCUAUCUGUUUGACUUUGACAGAAAUAUUUCUGAAAAUCUUCAAGAGAAGAAGAAGGAAGCAGAGAGAAGAGCAGAGGAGAGGAAGAUGAAGGUGCACAUGCAGAGACAGACUCUCAGAUCAUCAGCAGGUGGAGUUCCACAUAUUUCUGACAUGAAGAUUGUGCUGCUGGGAGGCAGACUUAUAGGGAAGAGUUCAUCAGGAAACAGCAUCCUGGGCAGAGAGGAGUUUAGCACCUCAGGAAGAACAGCUGAGUGUGUGAAGAGAGAAGGAGAAACAGCAGGGAGACGCAUCACUGUAGUGGAGGCACCAGGAUGGUGGAGCAACUACACUGUAGAGCAAACUGCUGAACGUGAUAAACAAGAGAUUGUCAUCAGUGUGUCUCUGAGUCCUCCAGGACCCCAUGCUCUACUCCUGGUCAUUAAAGUGAGUUGGCCAUUCACAGAGACACACGGAAGAGCAGUGCAGGAACACAUGGAGCUGCUGGGUGAGAGAGUCUGGAGUCACACUAUAGUGCUGUUCACAUGUGGGGACUGUCUGGGAGACACGACCAUUGAGCAGCACAUUGAGAGUGAAGGAGAGGCUCUGCAGUGGGUUGUAGAGAAAUGUGGGAACAGGUAUCAUGUUGUAGACAAUGAGAAGAGGGAUGGUGGCCAGGUGACAGAACUGCUGGAGAAGAUAGAGGAGAUGGUGGCAGGAAACAGGGGCCAUCUGUUUGACUUCGACAGAAACAUUUCUGAAAAACUCCAAGAGAAGAAGAAGGAAGCAGAGAGAAGAGCAGAGGAGAGGAAGAUGAAGGUGCACAAGCAGAGACAGACUCUCAGAUCAUCAGCAGGUGGAGUUCUACAUAUUUCUGACAUGAAGAUUGUGCUGCUGGGAGGCAGACUUAUGGGGAAGAGUUCAUCAAGAAACACCAUCCUGGGCAGAGAGGAGUUUAGCACCUCAGGAAGAACAGCUGAGUGUGUGAAGAGAGAAGGAGAAACAGCAGGGAGACGCAUCACUGUAGUGGAGGCACCAGGAUGGUGGAGCAACUACACUGUAGAGCAAACUCCUGAACGUGAUAAACAAGAGAUUGUCCUCAGUGUGUCUCUGUGUCCUCCAGGACCCCAUGCUCUACUCCUGAUCAUUAGAGUGGAUUACUCAUUCACAGAGACAUUCAGAAGAUCAGUGCAGGAACACAUGGAGCUGCUGGGUGAGAGAGUCUGGAGUCACACUAUAGUGCUGUUCACCAGAGGGGACUGGCUGGGAGACACGACCAUUGAGCAGCACAUUGAGAGUGGAGGAGAGGCUCUGCAGUGGGUUGUAGAGAAAUGUGGGAACAGGUAUCAUGUUGUAGACAAUAAGAAGAGGGAUGGUGGCCAGGUGACAGAGCUGCUGGAGAAGAUAGAGGAGAUGGUGGCAGGAAACAGGGGCUGGCCUUUCCAGUUGAAUAAGAGUAUGGAGCUUCCUUCGAAUUUACGAGAACACGUGCCUGGAGGAUCAUCUGGAUUUGGCUCUGCUGUAUUGAGACGUAUAUCUGAUCUCAUAUGGCCCUUUAAGCGUUUCAACAUGGCUGCCUCCACUCAGAGCUCUGGCUAUGGCACAGGGGGGGCAGCAGAGGAGGCUGCAGCUGGAGAGAUGGGAGCUGAGAUCCACACAACCAGAGCACAUGGACAUGAACAUGUUUUUGUGGAUGUAUGUACAAUAACCGUGAACUACAAUGAUUGCAUUGGAAGAGGAUCAUAUGGAACAGUUUACAAAGGCUCAUACCUGGGAACUGCUGCUGCUGUAAAGAUCAUCCCUAUUGGAGAUAGUUCAGUCAUCAAAAAUGAGUUUCUCAUACCUUUGCGUUUGUCCCACCCCCACAUUGUGCGGAUGAUGGCUGUAGCCAAAAGUAAGAGACAGAUCCUCAUUGCUAAUGACUACAUCCAGGGUGCCGACCUCAAUCAUGUUAUUUAUAAAGACACUCCCAUCAAGUUGCAGUACGAGGAUAAGCUGUUUGUGGCUUUAGAGAUUGCUAUGGCUGUUGAGUACAUACAUGAAAAACGGAUCAUCCACCAAGAUUUAAAGCCAGCCAACAUAAUGAUUUCAGAAGGUGACAGAAAGGCCUAUCUCACUGACUGGGGCUUGGCAAACUGCAAAGAAACUAUGUCAAUGGUAGCAGGAAGUGGUAAAACAGCAGAUUACUGUGGUCCACUAGGAGGAACCCCUGCCUACAUGGCCCCAGAGUGCCUAGUAGAGUGUGAGGAAGGCAGCACCAUGUCAGACAUGUGGUCUCUUGGCAUCACUCUUCUGGAGAUGUUCACAAACUCUCCACCUUGGCCAAGCAACAACCCGCAGAAAAUACGAAAGCUACUCCAUGAUCGCCAGAGUCCUCAUGCACUGGCUAAACUACAGCCUGCUCUUGGUACCAUUUUGAAACCACUGUUAAAAUAUGAACCCAGGUCUCGCAUGCAUGCCAAAGGUUUGGUGGAGUUGCUGAAAUCAAAAGUUGAUGUCAACAAAAGGAAAAAAUGAAGAGGCCUUUUUAAGCUUUUCUAUCGUGAUUGUGUCAUCAUUUAGCCUGGAUAUCCAGACCCAGAUCUACAGAGGAUUUAGGGUCCAGCUAUGACUAAUGAUAAUGGCCCAACUCAAGGAUGCAAUUGGAUAACACUACGACCAGGUUUUACUGAUUGAUUCCGGACUUCAACGUUGCAGUGCUGUCGUUAUCUGUUUAGCUUGCCUCUGGCUGCCUCAGAUACGCCGAUGUGAUUGGUGCAUGUCGGCCCCAAGGACAUAGGUAAUGAGCAUCAUUACUGAUUGCAAGAGUAACUCGCUGAGCAAAUUCAAAUUGUGCUCUCUCAAUAAUAACUCUGGAUUUCCAGGACAGUUAUCAUUACUGAUAAAGUGAAUGUUUAAAUGGUAAAUGUAAAACAGAUUGUGAUGUUCAAAUAUCAAGUAAUUACAAUAGUUUAUCAAAAUUGCAUUUCUCAAAAUGUUGGUUAAGUGUAUGCCACGCUGUGAGAAAUUAUACUCUUUGUACAUGACUGUAAAUUCCAAAUGCGGUAACACAAAAGUUCAGUUACAGCAGUUAUUUGUUCUAUUUUAAGUGCUUUGUAUAAUAUGAUGAGUUUAAUCCUGCCAGAGAGCAGCAUGUAAAUAAUAGCAUGGUGAUUAUCAUAAUAAGAUAUCCUUGCAUUGUAUCUAUAGAUGCAGACCUUUUUUCCUCCAGCAAAUCUUGUAGUCGAUAAAUUAAAUCUGCACACUGGUAUUCUGAUAGAUUUUUAAAUAAAUAACAAGCUAAAUAAAUACUUGUUUUUUUUU